CUGCUCGCUUCUUUCUCUAAAAUGAAGGUAAGUAUAUUCACACUGCUUGCUCUUGUGCAAGCAGCUGCAUUACAGUCUUCAGAAACUGAAAAAAAAAACAGUCGCUUUUUCCCUGCGAAAUUCUGGCCCGAUACUGCUAAACUCGGGCCCGAACAAGAAAUCUUUGGUGGGGGCCAAUCCUCCCUGCUGUGUCCGGUAAACUUACCUUUGACAUGCUCAAACUCCACGCCAAUUUAUGACUCGUGCUGCUUCGAAAGUCCUGGAGGAAUCAUGCUUCAAACUCAAUUCUGGGACUAUUAUCCUGCAAUUGGCAGAAACGACUCAUUCACUUUGCAUGGUCUCUGGCCGGAUAACUGUGAUGGCUCCUAUGAGCAAUUCUGCGACGGCAAACUAAACAUUGAGCGCGGGGAUAUCCGGCGAAUUGUAGUUGACGAGUACAAAGACGAGGCGUUGUUCUCGAAAAUCGAGGAAUCCUGGAAAAACUUCAAUGGUGACGACGAGCUGUUGUGGGUGCACGAGUUUAAUAAACACGCCACGUGUAUCAAGACCAUCCGGCCCGAAUGCUACGGGGCCGAGUUCACCAGAGACAGGAAUAUCUACGACUUCCUUCUGAUUGCCGUGAAUCUAUACGAGAAGUACCCCACCUUCCAGUUCUUGAAAGAUAAAGGAAUCGUGCCCUCGUUGACGGAUACGUACACGUAUGACGAGAUUGCCGAGGCCCUCAGUUCCAACUUCAACGGCCACAACGUGUACUUCAAGUGCAACAGAUACCAGGCACUUCAAGAAAUCUGGUACUUCCACUACUUGCAGGGCCCAUUGACCAACGAGGAAUUCGUUCAGAUUCCCUCCAUGCUCCACUCAAACUGUCCCAAAACAGGCAUCAAGUUUUUGCCCAAGGGCGAUUUCAGACCGCCGCCUGGCCAGCCUCCCAAAUCUCCUGGUGGGAAAGCCGGCACCAUCAAACUCUCUGGUCAUUCAGGGUGUCUUAUUAGCAAUGGCCAAUGGUAUACUCAGGGCACGUGUGCCAAAUUCCAAGCCAAGGACCUGCAAUUUGGAGGCACGAAUCUUGUGAGCUCCAAGGGUGUGUGUGGGGUGACAGAGGCCGGCGUUUUGAAUUGCAACAGGCAAAACCAGGCGUCCAAAUUUCAAUUCCAGGUUGACAAAUCCUCGGGCGUGGUGAGCUACGGAGGUAAAUCCGAGUGGUGCCUCCACGAGGCAGGAAAACAUGGAAGUGGGAAGUUUGCGCAAGUGCCUAUUAAAUUGGCCGAUGGCAACUGUGAAACCUUUCAGAUUACGCUCUCUAAGUGAGCCAUUGUAUUCAUUUUUCUGCUCUCGCGGGAAGAGACCGAUCAUAAAACAUUAAACAAACACAAUGAAUAAGAACAAUGUUAAGUGCCUGAUGAGAAUUCCAUAGACAUGCUAGAGUUGGCAGCUUCCAGUAGCUUUGCAGCGAGUCACAACUUACUCGAAGUAUCAUUAUUUCGAUGCGAUACUAAAUAAAAUCAACGACAGGAUCAGUGUCCUUACUUUUGACAAUAUGUGUAGCUGAAAAGCGGCAAGACCGUUUCUAUGAUCAAAAUAGAGGAACUCGGACUACGUCUUCCACGAAAGCUUCUAGCUCCAUGUGCCAAGUAAUCAUAUACAUGGUGCAUGCUGAUUUUUGUUGAGAAAGGUGUAAGUCAGGUUGGAUCUAAUCAGGUACACAAGUUCUUUUUAAAAAUGACAAUCUGAAAAUACUUGUUUUUUGGUCGUGC